UUCAUCUACUUCCUGUGAAACAGCAAAACUGAAAAACCAAGCAUGUCGUCGAGAUACGAUAGAGCCAUAACCGUUUUCUCACCCGAUGGACAUUUGUUUCAAGUAGAAUAUGCCCAGGAAGCAGUUAAGAAGGGCUCGACAGCGGUUGGUGUUCGGGGUAAGAACAUCGUCGUUCUUGGUGUUGAGAAGAAAGCAGUUGCGAAGUUGCAGGAGGAACGAACUGUGAGAAAGAUAGCAUUAUUGGAUGAUCAUGUCGCACUCGCAUUUGCAGGUCUGACAGCAGAUGCAAGGAUACUGAUCAAUCGUGCAAGGAUCGAAUGUCAGAGUCACAAGCUGACAGUAGAGGACCCUGUCACAUGUGAAUACAUCACACGGCAUAUUGCACAACUGAAACAGAAAUAUACACAGAGCAAUGGCAGAAGACCUUUCGGUUUGUCGGCACUGAUCAUCGGCUUUGACUAUGAUGGGACAGCCCAUCUGUACCAGACAGAUCCAUCGGGAACUUAUCAUGAAUGGAAGGCCAACACAAUUGGAAGAAGUGCUAAAACCGUGCGAGAAUUCCUGGAGAAGCAUUACACUGACGAGUUGACCCAGAAUGAAGAUGAAUGUAUCAAGUUAACACUAAAGGCUCUGUUGGAGGUGGUUCAGUCAGGGGGCAAGAACAUGGAGGUGGCAGUCAUGAGGCGGGGUCAACCACUCAAGAUGCUAGAUUCUGAAGAAAUAGAGAAGUAUAUAACCGAGAUUGAGAAGGAAAAAGAGGAAGAAGCUGAAAAGAAGAAGCAGAAGAAAUAGACAGACAUGUUAUGAAAUAACUGGCAUUACCAUACCCAGGUCUAUUCAUUAAUUCUUCACGCAUUCCUUACAGCUGACAAAGGGUGGAGCUGUAGCUGGGGAGGGUCCAGGGCUGUUAUGCUAAGCAAAUAAAACCUUGAGUUUGCAAUGACCAAAAUGAUGGUAAUGUUGUUAGUAGGGAUAUCAAUUUAUGCCAGUAUCUCGUUAUGAUAAAAAACCACAAUAUUUAUUUGUGAUAAUAUGUAUUGUGAUACUUCAUUUGCCGCAACAUGGCAGUUUAUGUUUCAAAAGUUCAAAUCACUAUCGGAAAGGCUUGAUUUAGCGGUUGUUGCUUGAACAAAAUGCACUUUAGUACUCACAUUUGUUAUGGUAUUUCAGCAGUGAUCGUGGGGUUACAAAUGUCCCACAAUUCAAGGUUAAAAGCUGUAUCCAUGCAGGAUUAAACUAUGAAAUAAUACAGGUUAGUGGUCAUCAAUUAUUAUAUGGCUGAGGAUAGUAUUGGUGAAAUCCCUGUUAGUUAGCAACACAUUAGGUAAUUAACUGUGUACAUACUUCAAAGGUCAGUGGUUUCCCGAUGUACCUGAAGUAGGGGCAAUUGUCAUGCUGUAGGGAGUGUGUGUGGGAUGUGUGGUAGGGUGGGUUCAGUGUAUCUGAUAAGCUGAGGGUAUGGUUAGUGUUCUGCAUCAAAUGUGCUCUAACAUUUCACAUUUUCACAAUGAACAUCAAUUUGUUGUAUUAUACUUAAUGCGAAAAUAAAGCAUUCAUUAAAAUAGAA